UGGGCGUGGUGUUGUGUGUCCAUGCAUGGUGACUCUGUGUCUGGGCAUUGUGUGUUCGUGUGUCGUAUUCAGGCGUGGUGUUGUGCGUCCGGUGCUGUCUUGUGGUCCGUGCCUGUAUGCACCAGGCGUGGAUGUGCCUGUGUCUCUGUGCGUUCUUGUGUGUCCAGGUGGGAGGGUGGGUGCUGUGUAUUGUUUUCUCCCCGGUGUGUGUGUGUGUGAAGAGACUUGGCCACACCUGUGUCCCUGGCUGCCCUGUGCCUCUGUCCAUGCUGCCGGCUUGCACACCUGUGCGCACCUGUCCGCUGAUCCGCUGGCCCUCCCCUCAGGGCGCCUUCAGCCGCUGCUACAAGCUGACGGACAUGUCCACCAGCGCUGUGUUUGCCCUCAAGGUGGUGCCGCGUGGCGGGGCCGGGCCUGGGUGCCUUCGCACACAGGGAAAGGUGGACCGUGAGAUUGCCCUGCACAGCCGCCUGCGACACCGCAACAUCGUGGCCUUCCACGGACACUUUGCUGACCGCGACCACGUGUACAUGGUGCUGGAGUACUGCAGCCGCCAGGUGCCCCUGCAGUCUUUGGCCCACGUGCUGAGGGCGCGGCAGACCCUGACGGAGCCAGAGGUGCGCUACUACCUGCGGGGCCUGGUCAGCGGCCUGCACUACCUGCACCAGCGGCACAUCGUGCACCGAGACCUGAAGCUCAGUAACUUCUUCCUUAACAAGAACAUGGAGGUGAAGAUUGGAGACCUGGGGCUGGCGGCCAAGGUGGGACCAGGGGGCCGCUGCCACGGAGUGCUCUGUGGGACCCCGAACUUCCUGGCCCCCGAGGUUGUCUCCAGAAACGGGCACUCCUGCCAGUCAGACAUCUGGGCUCUGGGCUGCAUCAUGUACACGGUGCUGACCGGCGCCCCGCCCUUCAUGGCCUCACCCCUGUCGGAGAUGUACCAAAACAUCCGUGAGGGCCACUACCCCGAACCCGCUCAUCUGUCUGCCAAUGCACGCCGCCUCAUCGCACGCCUCCUGGCACCCAACCCGGCCGAGCGGCCCAGCCUGGACCACCUGCUGCAGGAUGACUUCUUCACGCAGGGUUUCACUCCAGACCGGCUGCCGGCCCACUCCUGCCACAGUCCCCCCAUAUUUGCCGUACCCCCACCUCUGGGCAAGAUCUUCCGGAAGGUGGGCCAGCUGCUGCUCACCCAGUGCCGGCCACCCUCAUACGUUUGUUUGCGCCUAGCCACACAGGACCCCCUGGGAGAGCAGCGGCUCAUCCUCUGGGCCCCCAAAUGGGUGGAUCAUUCCAGCAAAUACGGCUUUGGCUACCAGCUCUCGGACGGGGGCUGGUGUCCUGCUUCGGGACGGCACCCACAUGGCCCUGCGUCCCCCCGGAGGAUGAGUUUCAGUGGAGUCCCAGCCCAACUGGUGCUGAGUGGCGAGGGUGAGGGUUUGCAGCUCACCCUCUGGGAGCAGGGUCCCCCCGGCACCUCCUACUCCCUGGACAUCCUGCGGAGCCACGGCUGCGCCCCCGCCACCCAGCAGCGCCUUCACCACGCCGUCCGCAUGCUGCAGAGUAUCUAAUGCCCCUGAGGGUCAGAGUGGACCCCUGCAUGAUAGUGCCAGGAACCCAGGCUCCAUUUCCAUUCCCGUGGCUCCCCACAGAGGGGCUGUCCUGGGGGAGAGUUUGGGGGCACAUGGGAGGUGGUUCUUGCCUUGUGGCAUGACUGGUCAAGCCAGACUUUGCUGGGAUCUCUUCCUUUUUCAUUAAAGACGAUUUGAAA